AUGAGUGCUUGCAUGUACAAAGGACCCCAAGCGACAUAUGCGCAUCGGCUGUGUUUAAGGUUUAAGGUUUUAGAAGCGAUAGGAGCCUUCAAAAAACUAAAACCAGAACCCAUAUCAACGGGAAACGGCGGUUCCGUACUAAACCACCACUACCACCACAGUACAGGAGGAGCAAACUCGGUCACGACGUCCACCAGCGGCGGUUCGCUCAGUGGAAAUUCCUUGACCGGAGCAUCUUUAGGAGCCGGCGGCUUAAGCACAGGCUCACUAGGAGCCGGAGCUGGUCUGGCUGGCGGCGCGUUGGGCGCAAGUGGUACCUUGAGUGGUAGCACGCUAGGUGCCGGAGGUGCCUUGAAUCAUUUGACGUCGAGCGGAGGCAGUUCAGCAAGUCAGUGUCCCACGCCGGCAAGGCGGAGGCAUCGGACUACGUUUACCCAGGAACAAUUAGCCGAACUCGAAGCUGCCUUUGCAAAAUCUCACUACCCAGAUAUAUAUUGCAGGGAGGAAUUAGCACGGACAACAAAAUUGAAUGAGGCCAGGAUACAGUUUGUUCUUUGUCCAUCUUUGAUCCACCUUGUUUCCAACCAGCUAGCAUUUCCCAGAAAUCGAUCCUGA